AUGGCAUCAACGUUUGUGUUACUAAACAUCCUUGUGUUACUUUCUAGUCUUCUCACUUGCUCUGCCAAUCUCUCUUUUAACUUCUACGCCGGUUCUUGUCCUUUAGCCGAGGUUCUCGUCAGAAACACCGUUAGAUCUGCCUCCUCCUCCGAUCCAACUAUCCCUGGAAAACUCCUCCGACUCCUCUUCCACGACUGUUUUGUCCAGGGUUGUGAUGCGUCAGUGUUGAUACAAGGGAAUACCACGGAGAGAAGCGAUCCUGGAAACGCGUCUCUGGGAGGAUUCUCAGUCAUAGAGAGAGCCAAGAAUGCCAUCGAGGUUUUCUGUCCGGCCACUGUUUCAUGCGCUGACAUCGUUGCUCUUGCUGCUAGAGACGCCGUCGAAGCUGCUGGAGGACCGGUGGUUGAGAUUCCAACCGGGAGGAGAGACGGGAAAGUAUCGGUGGCUGAUGACGUCAGACCGAACAUAAUUGAUACAGAUUUCAGUCUCGAUAAGAUGAUCGAUGCUUUCUCCUCUAAAGGCUUGUCCAUUCAAGAUCUUGUCGUCCUCUCUGGAGCACACACGAUUGGGGCUUCGCACUGUAAUGCAUUCAAUGGAAGGUUUAAACAAGACUCAAAAGGAAAUCUCGAGCUAAUCGACGCGUCUCUAGACAACUCCUACGCAGAGACGCUAAUGAAACAGUGUGCUUCAUCGUCCUCAUUGACGGUGAGCAACGAUCCAGAGACGUCAUCGAUGUUCGAUAAUCAGUACUAUAGGAAUCUUGAAGCGCGCAAGGGUUUGUUUCAGACGGAUUCUGCUCUAAUGGAGGAUGAUCGUACGAGGAAGUUGGUGGAGGAUCUUGCGAGUGAUGAGGAAAGCUUUUCCCAGAGAUGGAGAGAGUCGUUUGUGAAGCUGAGUAUGGUUGGUGUCAAAGUUGGUGAAGAUGGUGAAAUAAGACGCUCUUGUUCUUCCGUUAAUUAA